AUGGAGAAGCAGGAGCUUAACAUUGAGAAGCAGAAACUUGAAAUUGCCCAGUUGAAAGUAGAAAUGAAAGAAGAGGAACUGGAACUUAAGACUCAAAUGGAAAUAUCCGAUGCUAGGUGUAGAAUUCUUCAGGACCAUAACUAUGAUCAAUUUGAAUGUCAUGGGUCUGACGAACAGCAAUCGCAACAGCACACUGACAUUAACAUACCUCGCAUUUCAACUGAAAAGGAACAGCCUGUUGGAGCGACCUCAGGAGAAUCCAAGGAUAUUAAUCAGCCUAUUGACAAGACGCAAAUUGUUUAUAAGCCAGUGAACAUCUGUACUGAUGGUCAAGUCGAUGCUACUCAUGGUGACAUUGGUGUAAUAUAUUCUGUGGUGCAGCAGUUACGUAAACCUCCACCUGACAUUCAGAGGUUUGCUGGAGAUCCACUUGAAUAUCAAAGAUUCAAGAGACAAUUCCAGAUAAAAAUAGUAGAGAAUUCUGAUUCAGUUGAUGAGAAGAUGAGUUACUUGGAACAAUUUACUACAGGAGAGGCUCUCAAAAUAGUUAAGGGAUGUAGUUAUUUGGAUGCAAGAAGAGGUUAUAGGGCAGCUUGGUUGGAGUUGGAAGACCGAUAUGGCAAUGAGGAGGUUGUAGCUUCUGCUCUAGUUAAACGUGCUCUUAGUUGGCCUCACAUUAGAACAGACAAUCCAAAAUCUCUUGACGAGUAUGCUAUCUUCUUACAAGAAUGUUUGAAUGCUGUGAGUACUAUCACCGCUGUCAAAAUCCUUGAAUAUCCUGAUAAUCUGAGGAAACUGGUUAUGAAAUUGCCGUAUUUCUAUCAUGAAAGGUGGAGAAAUAAUGUCUUGCAUGUAAGAGAUUCUGGAAGAUUGGUUGAUUUCCACGACCUUGUUAGCUUCGUCAAGCGUGAAGCUAAGAAAGCUACAGAUCCCAUGUUUGGUAAGGAUGCAUUAAAGGCAGAAGAUAAGAGUAAACCACCUGUAAGAAAACCUGCAGCUACAUCAAUAAAGCCUUCGUUCAGUACUGAUGUGCUAGGACCAAGCAAGCCCUCUAGGAAUCUUCUGAAACCACCUUCUGUUGCGAAUGUUGCAACACCUGUCAGAACACAGAAUGAGCAAGGACCAUGUAUUUACUGUGAUGAUCUAACUCAUUCAGUUGGUCAAUGUAAAAGGAUUAUUUCAAAGCCUCACAUGGAAAGAUUGUCGUUUCUGCGAUCAAAAGGCCUCUGCUUCAGAUGCUUAAAUAGAGGGCACAUGAGUAAGGGUUGUGUCCAGAAGGUUGUUUGUUCACAUUGCGGUGGGAACCAUCAGUCCAUUCUUCAUGUUGACCGGAACACAGAGGUGAAGGUUAUCAGUGCCUGUUCUGAAUUAGCUAACAUUCCAGGUACCUCUAAGGAGGCCGGUAACUAUGAAAGUACUCUUGCUAUCAUACCCGUUAAGGUAGGAUGUAGAAAUGGCCUUACUGUUGGAACAACAUAUGCUUUCUUGGAUCCAGGAAGCACUGUGUCUUUCUGCUCAGAAGAUCUUAUGAACAGGCUUGGAUGUAGUGGGAAGAAGAUGGAAAUUACCAUUGACACUAUGGGACAUCCACAUACAUCAAUAGUUCAAGCAGUAAAUGGUCUUCAAGUAUACGAUCUUGGGUUGAAGAAUGUCAUACCUUUACCGACAGUGUACUCAAGGGAGCAGAUACCUGUAUCUAACAAGCACAUACCCACGUCCUUUGAUGCAUCACAUUGGCCUCAUCUAGCUGACAUCAGAGUACCAGAAAUUGAUGCCAAAGUUGAGCUUUUGAUUGGAUCCAAUGUACCAGAUGCCUAUUCUCCACUUGAGAUUCGAACGGGUCCACAAGGUAGUCCUCAUGCUACUAGAACUCAGUUGGGUUGGGUUCUAUGGAAUGUCAUGCGAGCUCAAAAGCUGGAAGAAGGAAAUCGUUUCCCAUCCAUGAAAACGGAAAUUGCCUUCAAGAAUGCUGAAGAAAUAAGUAGACUUGACAAAAUGGUGAAAGAAAGUAUGAACUUUGAUUUUCCAGAAAGGAACAUUGAUGACAAAAAUGAAAUGUCACAAGAAGAUAAAGAGUUCAUCAUUGCUGUAUCAAAGUCCAUUCACAAGCAAGAAGGUCAUUAUGAAAUCAAGCUGCCCUUCAGAAGAGAGAAUGUUGUAAUGCCUGACAAUUCAGUACAGGCAUUGCAUAGACUAAAUGGUCUAAAGAAGAAAUUAUCCAAGCAUAAGAAAUUCCAUGAAGACUAUAAGGUAUUCAUGAAAGACAUACUUGAUAAAGGAUAUGCUGAGAAAGUACCGGUCAGUGAAAUUCAAGGUACCCAAGGGAAGGUAUGGUACAUCCCUCACCAUGGAGUGUAUCACCCACGUAAACCUGAGAAGAUUAGAGUGGUCUUUGAUUGCACAGUUGGUUACCAGGGUGUUUCUCUAAACAGCAUGUUACUACAAGGUCCGAACCUCACCAACAACCUACUUGGGAUGCUGCUAAGAUUUCGUCAAGAAAACAUUGCUGUGAUGGGAGAUAUACAAGCUAUGUAUUAUCAAGUGAGAGUGCCAAGAGAGGACUGUGACUUUUUGAGAUUUUACUGGUGGCCAGAUGGUGAUUAUACACAGGAACCACAAAUGUACAGGAUGCUUGUCCACCUUUUUGGAGCUGUGUCAUCCUCAAGCUGUGCUACCUUUGCACUGCAACAAGCAGCUAAGGAUCAUAAAGAUGAAUAUGACCCUGACAUUACAAAUAUGAUAAAGGAGAACUUUUACGUGGAUGAUUAUCUUGCUACUGUUCAAGAUGAAACACAGGCUGUACGUGUUGUCAAAGAAGUAACAGACUUAUGUCACAAAUAUGGAUUUAGACUUACCAAGUGGAUAAGUAAUAGUCAUGAUGUGAUGAAAUCUAUUCCAUCAGAAGAAAGAGCUAAAGAUGUGAAACAGUUGAACCUUGACUGUGGAGACCUCCCAAGUGAAAGAGCUUUGGGCGUGUUUUGGUUUGUAGAGUCUGACACCCUUGGAUUUCAAAUUCAAAGUAAACAUAAACCAAACACAAAGAGAGGUAUCCUUUCCAUAGUUAGCAGCAUAUAUGAUCCUUUAGGUUUCAUAGCUCCAUUUGUGCUCCAUGCAAAACAGUUGUUGCAAUGCCUUCAGAUGAAACAAUAUGCAUGGGAUCAAGAAAUAGAUGAUGCUUCACGAGACAAGUAG